GCCGGCGGGUGCGGCAUCCUCCAGGACAACCCCUCCGGGCUUGCGCUCCUUACAACGCGCGCUCCCCUCCGCCUCCCUCUCGGAGCCCCCGCCCCUCGCUUACCCGGGCUCACUCCAGCGGCAGCGACUUGGAGGGAUUCCCUCUCCGGCGGCCUCCGCAGCGGCACAGCUGGUCUUAUUCGCUGCCAGGCGAGCAUGGGUCUCCGAGGAAGAGCCAUUUCCAGCGUGUACAGACUUCGAGUUCUCCUGAUGCUGUUCCAUACAAUGACUCGAAUCAUGGCUGAACAAGAAGUGGAAAAUCUCUCAGGCCUUUCCACUAACCCUGAAAAAGAUAUAUUUGUGGUGCGGGAAAAUGGGACGACGUGUCUCAUGGCAGAGUUUGCAGCCAAAUUUAUUGUCCCUUAUGAUGUGUGGGCCAGCAAUUAUGUGGAUUUGAUCACCGAACAGGCUGAUAUCUCACUGACACGGGGAGCUGAGGUGAAAGGCCGCUGUGGUCACAAUGAGUCGGAGCUGCAGGUGUUCUGGGUGGAUGGCGCAUACACGCUCAAACUGCUGUUUGUCAAGGAAACUCACAACACUUCCAAGGGACUUGAGGGGACUUGGAGACUCAGCAAAGUCCAAUUUGUUUACGACUCAUCAGAAAAGACCCAUUUUAAAGAUGCAGUCCGUGCUGGGAAGCACACAGCCAACUCCCAUCAUCUCGCUGCCUUGGUCACCCCAGCUGGGAAGUCUUAUGAAUGUCAAGCACAGCAGACUAUUUCCCUGGCUUCCAGCGAUCCACAGAAGACAGUCACCAUGAUCCUGUCUGCAGUUCACAUCCAGCCCUUUGACAUCAUCUCUGAUUUUGUCUUCAGUGAAGAGCAUAAAUGUCCAGUGGAUGAACGGGAGCAAUUGGAGGAAACCUUGCCCCUGAUUUUGGGGAUCAUUUUGGGCCUUGUCAUUGUGAUUACGCUGGCAAUCUACCAUGUUCACCUCAAAAUGACUGCCAACCAGGUGCAGAUUCCUAGGGACCGAUCCCAGUAUAAGCACAUGGGCUAGGGCCAUAAUGGCAGGGACCCCCAAGUUUCCUUCCCCAGCUGGAUCAGGUAGAGAAACAAAAAGCACUUUUCACCUUAUACAUGGGAUCUAUCAACAUAGCUAUAAUCCCAUAGGCCUGGUUAUCAAAGGCUUGCUUGACCUGCAUCCAUGCUUAAAACCAGGGAUGGGGUAGGGAUUCUUCUGAAUUUCUGGAGCAAAUGGCAACUCUCAUUGUUGGGACGAUGGAGGGAGGGUGUCAGCCAUCUUUCAUGCUCAUGGUGGCUUGGCUUUGACUCUCCAAAGAGCAACACACACAACUCGCGGAGGUAUCUAGCUCCAAAGUUUAGGAUUUGGAAAUACACUGCUUUGGGGAAGAUACUCCUUAAGGUUCUUAAGAACAAGGAGUGAUUGCUUCCUUAAACACAGCUGGCUUAAUCUACACAAUAAAUACAGCCUCAUGCUCCCUGCAGCAAGAUCCUGAAAGUGAUCCCUGCUUCUGGCUGGCAUUCUGCAUGUCUAGUGAUUGUCUUGGGAAUGUUUCACUGCUACCUGCACCCAGUGACUUUGCAGCACAAGAACCCGUUUAGUGUAACUCUGCAGAGUUGCUUGGACUUCAUAGUAUGUCAGGUAUAAGUAAAGGAACCUGAAGAAUCAACCAUGUGAGUUUGUGUUUUUCCAGAUGAAUUAAAAACCUCUACUGUCUAA